AACUUAAUUUUAAAGAUGGAAAAUGACAACACAGCGUGUGUUAACAAAGAUUUCUAUGUGAUGCCAGUUGUUCGUAGUGCUAACCCGAUUCGCGCUAAAAGUUUAAUCAGGAAUAACUUGGAAAAGUCAAGUGUUCUCAAAAUACAAUCGAGAAUGCCGAACAUCAAAGUCUUCUCGGGAACAUCGCACCCGGAUUUGGCCCAACGCAUCGUUGACCGUCUCGGUAUCGAUCUGGGAAAAGUUGUUACAAAGAAAUUCAGCAACUUGGAAACAUGUGUCGAAAUUGGAGAAUCGGUACGUGGCGAGGAUGUUUAUAUUGUUCAAUCUGGAUCUGGUGAAAUCAAUGACAAUCUUAUGGAAUUGCUUAUCAUGAUAAAUGCAUGCAAGAUAGCAUCAGCAUCGCGUGUAACCGCCGUCAUUCCAUGCUUUCCAUAUGCCAGACAGGACAAAAAAGAUAAGGUAAGCACUACCGGCGAUACGGAAGGACUUGCGAAACAAGCCAAUAACAAUGUCCUGAAAUACAACGAAUGGAAAUUUAGGGUACAACCUAAGUUAUUAAGUCGUGCACCAAUAUCGGCAAAAUUAGUGGCGAAUAUGUUGUCCGUUGCUGGUGCUGAUCACAUCAUAACUAUGGAUUUGCAUGCGUCACAAAUUCAGGGUUUCUUUGACAUACCCGUCGAUAAUUUAUACGCCGAACCGGCUGUUCUCAAAUGGAUAAAAGAAAACAUUCCCGAAUGGAGAAAUUCCAUCAUUGUGUCACCAGAUGCAGGCGGUGCAAAACGUGUUACAUCGAUCGCUGAUCGAUUAAACGUUGAGUUUGCUCUUAUUCACAAAGAGAGAAAGAAGGCUAACGAGGUGGCAUCAAUGGUGCUGGUUGGUGAUGUUAAAGAUAGAACUGCUAUUUUGGUUGACGACAUGGCUGAUACGUGUGGCACAACAUGCCAUGCAGCAGAAAAACUCAUGGAAGCUGGUGCUACUAAAGUCUAUGCCAUACUAACGCAUGGUAUAUUCUCUGGACCAGCCAUUUCUAGGAUAAAUAAUGCUUGUUUCGAGGCUGUUGUUGUUACAAAUACAAUUCCACAAGAUGGUCAUAUGCGCGACUGUCCCAAAAUUCAGUGCAUCGAUGUGUCGAUGAUGUUCGCCGAGGCCGUGCGUAGGACACACAAUGGUGAAAGUGUGUCUUAUCUGUUUUCAAAUGUUCCAUAUUAAGGACGGAAACUAUGAUCCGGAUUGAGCUCACCACACACAGACACAUCCAAUAGCAGCAGUACAGAAUUUGUUUUUUUUUUGUUAAAGAAACAAACUCAAUCCGUAUCAACCAAUUGAAAUAUACAGUUUGAAUGCCUGGAGAUGGAUAAUAGUACGAGCAUAGGUUUUAAUUUAGAUAUUAGGGAAAAUGAAAUUAUAUUGGGAUCAAAUACAAUUCGUUUUGAUUCAUAUUUUGUGUGAGCGAGUUUAUAGAUCACAUUAAAAUUAUUAUUAUUAAAACAAAUAAGAUUAUAUUCCAUUGGAAAGUUUUAACAAAUUUUUAUAAAACAUCAUCUUGCAAACUGGGUUGAUUACAUUUCAUGUAAACGGCAUUGUGUGUUAAAAAAAAAGUUUUUUUUAAAUUUCUGUUUUCAUUUUUAUUUAGAAAAAAAUUUAUAAAAACUGUUGAAUGAAUCAGUAGAAAAGGAAUUUAAAUUAUAAUUUUAAAAGGUUAGUUAAUUAAGAUUAUACAAGCAGAGAGAACAUUAUUAUUAUAAAUGCAGCCGAGAUCCGUUUUGAAUCUCUAGCAAAAGCAAACCACUAAAUUGAAAGUUUUUUUUUUAAAUCAGACUUUUAGUGCCAUUUUUGUUAAAUUGAAAUAAAACAUGCGAUCGAAAAGAAGACAAUUCAUUGGAAACUAAAGACACAAACAGGAUAGUAACAUUCAUCAGAAAAAUGUUUUUUUUAGUAUUAAAAUCAAACUUUAAGAAAAAUCUAAUUAUUUUGUGUAAAGAGAAAGCAAAACACAAUUGACGAUUUGGAAUUAAUUUUGAUUUUGUACAAAAAUGUAUAAUUUUUCUCGAAAUUUUUUGUUGGAAAUAAUUUUGUUUUUAAAAAUAUUUUAUAAAUGUCAAUCAAUAUCUUCAAUAAGACAAUUUAUACAGCAGGAUUAUAU